ACUCGAGAAGAAAAAUGAGGUCUUCACAUACAAAACAACAACCCCACAUAGUGUGUGUUCCAUUCCCAGCACAAGGCCACAUAAACCCUUUUAUGCAAUUGGCAAAGAUCCUUCACUACCAUGGUUUCCACAUAACUUUUGUCAACACUGAAUCCAAUCAAAGACGCUUAGUUCGGUCUCUGGGACCCACCUUUGUCAAGAGCCAACAAGGUUUUCAGUUUGAGACCAUCCCAGAUGUUUUGUCAUCAUGGGAUAUUGAUGCAAAUCCUGAUGUUUCUGCCCUGUGUGAUUCAACAAGGAAGAACUGUUUUGCACCGUUCAAGGAGCUCCUGAUAAAGCUAAACACAUCUUUAGGGGCACCUCCUGUUAGUUUCAUAAUCUCUGAUGGUGUCAUGAGUUUUGCAAUAAAAGCUGCUAAGGAAUUGAGCAUACCUGAAGCUCAGUUUUGGACUGCCUCUGCUUGUGGAUUCAUGGGAUACUUGCAAUUCAGUGAACUAGUCAAUAGAGGAAUUAUUCCAUUCAAAGAUAAUGAAUCAAUUACUGACAGUGCAUUGGACAUGCCCGUAGAUUGGAUUCCCGGGAUGAAAAACAUUCGACUCAAAGACUUGCCAAGCUUUAUCAGAACCACAAAUCUUGAUGAGACCAUGUUUGAUUUUAUGGGGUCAGAAGUAAGGAAUUGUUUGACAUCAUCCAAUAUCAUUUUUAACACGUUUCAAGACUUUGAACUACAAGUCCUUGAUGCAAUUAAGGCCAAGUUUCCUAGCAUAUACAACACUGGUCCACUUUCCUUACUAGGUAGACAUGUACCUGAGGAUCAGUUUUUGUCCUUUGGGUCAAGCCUAUGGAUUGAAGACUCUAAGUGCCUCAAAUGGCUUGAUAAAUGGCAACCCAAUUCAGUUGUGUAUGUGAAUUAUGGAAGUUGGACUGUGAUAACAGAACAUCACCUAAAAGAACUUGCAUGGGGUCUUGCAAAUAGCAAGUACCCAUUUUUGUGGAUAAUUAGGGCUGAUGUUUUGAUGGGUGAAUCAGCAAUCUUACCAAAGGAGUUUUCUGAUGAGAUUGAGGAGAGGGGAUACAUCACAAGUUGGUGCCCUCAAGAUAGAGUGCUUUCAGAUCCAUCAAUUGGGCUUUUCUUAACACAUUGUGGAUGGAAUUCACUCACAGAAGCUAUAUGUGGAGGUGUGCCUGUUAUCUGUUGGCCGUUCUUUGCAGAACAACAAAUGAAUUGUAGAUAUGUAUGUACAACUUGGAGCAUUGGGAUGGAAGUAAACCAUGAUGUAAAGCGCGGUGAGAUUGCUGAGCUUGUUAAGGAAAUGAUCGAGGGAGAAAAGGGAAAGGAAAUGAAGCAAAAUGUUUUAGAAUGGAGGGAAAAAGCACUACAAGCCACUGAUAUUGGUGGAUCAUCCUAUAAUGAUUUCAAUAGGUUAAUAGAAGAGGCUCUUCAUUUUGAAGAGUAAUUCAAAAUUUAGCAGUGUUAUGGUCGUGCAUAAGUAAACAUAGGAUGAUAUGAUAGUUCAAAAUUAGCAGUGUCAUGGAUAUGCUAAUGUAACUUAUUACCAAUGGCACUGUUGUAAUAAUGUGCAAUAUAUUUUAGGAUUUAUUUGUUUAAAAAUUGAAAAUAAUUAUGAUACAAUGGUGUAUAACG